CCCCGCGCCGGGAACCCGGAAGUGGAGGCAGGAGGGCGAGUGAGUGGAGUGAGUGGAGUGAGUGAGUGGGGGGAGCCCCUGGCGCGGAGCGACCUGCGGGCGCCCGGAGCGGGUGGCUCUGGGUGCCUUCGCCUCCACCGGCCGGGUCUUCAGCAUGUGGUGACCCUGCGGCCCAACAGCCAUGGACCCCGGCAGCCUGUCUCCAGUGCAGCUUUGGUGCCCUCGGCCCUUUGGGACCUAUUCUCAGAAUCAGCCCCGCUCAGCCGCCCCCUCAGCCCGCAAGCCACCGCCUCCCCCUGCCUGCCCUGAGCCCGGAAGCGGUAGCAGCAUCGGCCCUGGCGAUGGGCUGGCCCGAUCCGAGAACACACCUCCAGCCCCAGCAGCCCCCGCAGCCCCUCUGCUUUCCACCGCCCCUGGGGAGGAGGGCCGGGUCCUCCUGGAUACCUGGUACGUCAUCAAGCCGGGCAACACUAAGGAGAAGGUGGCCUUUUUUGUGGCCCACCAGUGCGGUGGGGGAGCCGGCAGGGCCAGUGCCGGCAAGGUCAAGGGCCACUGGGGCAGUGACAGCUCCAAGGCCAAGCGGAGGCGCCGCUGCCUUGACUCCACCAAGCCCCGGCCCAUUCCCGGGAAGCCCCCCGACGGCGGGGGCGAGGAGGACCAACAGCUGCCAGCUCCUUCAGAGGCAGCCGCCGGUGCCCCCGAGGACGUGGACUUGCUCUCUGUGGCCGAGAUGGUGGCCCUGGUGGAGCAGAGGGCUGCCCUGGCCCUGCAGAGCUACCCCCGCGCCGGGGCCCCCACCCCAGUGGUGUUCGUGUCAGCCGCAGAGCAGGGUGCGCAGGGCUCUGGCGGGGAGCGGCGGCCCGGCGGCGACUGCAGCCGCGUGGCCGAGGCCGUGGCCCACUUUGAGGCCCGGCGUGAUGGGCUUCGAAAGGAGGAGGUGCGCCCGGGGGACGGGGGCCGUGGGGGCGGCUCUGGCGAGGUGCGCAUCGCCUUCCGAAUCUCCAGCGGCCGUGAGCCCCGCUCCCCGGAGGGCGGCCAACCAGGGGCGGGCUCUGGCAGCCGGCCCGGGUGCGCCUACGCCGGAGGGCCGGGGCCCAGCAGCCGGGCCCAGGACAAGAUCACCUGUGACUUGUACCAGCUCAUCAGCCCGUCCCGGGACGCCCUGCCCAGCAACGUGGACUUUCUGCUGGCCCGGGCGGACGAGGCGGGCGACGGGGAGGCUGCGGGAGCCGCGCGCCCCGAGGGCCCUCCGGAGCGCGCAGCCGCGGGGGACAAGCCCCCGGCCCCGCCCCCGCCUCCAGCCGGGACUCGAGAGUGCGGGGGCGCGGGCGCCGCCGGCUUCCACGUGGACGUGGUGGUUACCGGCGUGGUGGACGAGUGCGUCUUCUUCGGCAAGGACGGCGCCAAGACGGUGAAGGAGGAGACGGUGUGCCUGACCGUGAGCCCCGAGGAGCCGCCGCCCCCCGGGCAGCUCUUCCUGUUGCCGGCCCGGGGGGAGCCGGCGCCCGAGGCCCCGGCCGCCCCUGAGGCACCGGCGGCCCCCACACCGGAGGGCGGGGAACGGGAGGCGGCCGGCGCCGCCCCCGACGCCUCGCUGUGCCGCCUCUACCACCACGUCUCGCACGACUUCUUGGAGAUCCGCUUCAAGAUCCAGCGCCUGCUGGAGCCCCGUCAGUACAUGCUGCUGCUGCCCGACCACGUCCUGGUGAAGAUCUUCGGCUACCUGCCCACCCGCGCCCUGGCCGCGCUCAAGUGCACCUGCCACUACUUCAAGUGCGUCAUCGAGACCUUCGGCGUCCAGGCCACAGACUCCCGCUGGAGCCGCCACCCGCUCUACCGGGACGACCCCUGCAAGCAAUGCCGCAAGUGCUACGAAAAGGGCGAUGUGUCGCUGUGCCGCUGGCACCCCAAGCCCUACCACCAUGACCUGCCCUACGGCCGCUCCUACUGGAUGUGCUGCCGCCGGCCCGACAAGGACACCCCGGGCUGCAGGCUGGGCCUGCAUGAUAACAACUGGGUGCUGCCCUGCCACACACUGGCGGGCUCUCGGCCUGGCCGCGAGGAUGCCAGGUGAAGGGAGGGGAGGGGGAGGGAGUGCCCGCCCCCCCCCUCCCAGCCCCUCCCCAGACCGCUCUUUGGCUUGCCCCCCUCCAAAAAGAAAAGAAAAAAAACCCAACCGAUUGGUAGCCAAUCAAACAGGGAAUUGAAGAGCCUACGUGAGACGCCUCCCUUUGAUUGGCUCUUUGUCAGUUAAGCCCCGCCCCCACAGACACGUGGAAAUUCUCACAUUCUCCUGUCCCGAAGGUGUCUUGGGGCUCGGGAAUGGAGAAGGGCAUCUCAGAAUAAUGUGUUGUCUUCAUCUCAGCCCCCUGUACCCCUCUCCUUCUCUGAUCUGGACUUACCAGAUGGGGAUGAUGCUGGGGUAUGAGCCAGGGGCCCGAUCCCCUUUCAGCCUCUCCCCCCAGUGCCCUACCAGCAGAGUAAGUAGACUGAGGCCUUGUCCAUACCCUCGACGGGACCAUCUGUCCAUUUUCUCCGAUCCCCACUUUUUCCACAGGCCUUUUUGUCUUGAUUCUCCUGUGCCCCCUGCCCUAGACUGCUUAUUACCUUAACUGGCCCUGAUGUCCCCUCUGCAGGACAGUCUCCACACUGAUCCCCAGCCCCCAGCCCCUCUAAUGUUUCUCUCCAGUCUCUGGAAGAGACAUUAGCAGCAUCUUCUCCCAAAUCUCUCAUCCAUAAAAUCUCCCCUCCCUUUUUCUUGGGGUCGGAAGGAGGGAAAAAAAUUUCUUUUUGAGAUUUAAAUCCAUUUACCCCUCACCACACAAUUUGAGGCAACCCCCAAUCCCAAAGCUGUGAAUCCUUUCUGAGAGUGGUGGGAAGCCUGGCUUGGAAUUACUGGGUUUCCCACUUCAACUCAGAGGAAACUCUUGGGGGGCUUUGGUCCUCUCUUUGCCAGGCAAGGCUUGCUUCCCUUUGGCUCCCAGAAGAAAAGCAGACUCCUGGGUUUCCUGGGGAAGCUGGGAAUCCAAUCUGGGACAUUCUCAUAUUUUGUUUGUUUGUUUAUUUGUUUCGUGGUGAUUUUUGUUUGUUUGUUUGUUUUUACAUCUUUGUGGUUCCAAAUGCUUCUCAUGUGUGGCGGUCUGGCUGGUUUGGAAAUCGGCCCUUUCUA